AUGGCAACCACUCGCUACAAAGGCCCUCUCCCCGAGGGUGUACCUAUCUUGAAAACAGUCGAAGAAGGCCGCCAAUUCCAAGCCGCAAAUGUGAAUGCCUGUAUGUGGCCCGACAACGGUGGUUACUACAUGAAGAACCCUGAUGGCACAGUUAUCGCCGUGGCAUCAGAUGAAGUGUGUGAAUACGCCGACCGCGGAGAGGCCGAGAUCGAAGCCAUGAUUACAUCGGGCGAGCUGUCGGACAAUGAGACAUGCCACCUAGGCGAAGGAGGAGGACCCUGUCAGAACUGUAUCAAUGCCCAGUCUGAAAAAGGCCACAGCGGGCCUUAG